AGUAGUAAGACAGGGCCAGCCAGCCAUCGUCUCCAGCCGUCCUGCCGGACGGCCGUUUACACCCACCCUCUCGCCGUCGUCGCGCGGCGUCGUCGCGCUCACACCCACCUAACCCAACCCCCGCCCCCUGCUCCUCCUACUCCUCCUACUACUUACCACGCCAUGCGGCGACGACGACGACUUCCCCCUCCAAAUCCAAUGCAUCCCGUAGUAGGAGUAAUAGUAUAGCACCUUCUUCUCUUCUCUUCCUCCAGCCUCCGGAACAGGACGCGAUGCCCAAGCCCAACCGCCGACGGAAGCGCGGCGCUGACGACGAGGAUGCCGCCGAUGGCAAGAUCAACGAGAGGUCCGUCGCCACAGUGCUCACCUCCCUCGAUGUCAACGACGCCCCGCACCUCGAGCUCCCCCUCCUCCAGCUCAACGGCGACCGGCGCCACUCGGCGGACGAGGAGGUGACUGGAGGACGGUCGUCCACGGCGGCGGCCAGCGGUCAAAGCCCGCACCAGCAGCGCCGGCUCUGGGUCAAGGACCGGUCACGCGCCUGGUGGGAGCAGUGCAGCAGCGCCGACUACCCGGAGGCCGACUUCCGCGCCGCCUUCCGCAUGGGCCGCGCCACCUUCGCCAUGCUCUGCGAAGCGCUCGGCUCCGCCGUAGCCAAGGAGGACACCGCGCUCCGCCAAGCCAUCCCCGUCCGCCAGCGCGUCGCCGUCUGCGUCUGGCGCCUCGCCACGGGAGAGCCACUCCGCCUCGUCUCCAAGCGAUUCGGCCUCGGCAUCUCCACCUGCCACAAGCUCGUCCUCGAGGUCUGCGCCGCCAUCCGCAACCUCCUCAUGCCGCGAUUCAUCAGCUGGCCCGACGCCGGCGCCAGUGCCGAGUUCAAAGCCCGCUUCGAGGCAGACUCGGGCAUCCCCGGCGUCGUCGGCGCCAUCUACACCACCCACAUCCCCAUCAUCGCGCCCAAGGUCUCCGUCACAUCAUACUUCAACCGCCGCCACACCGAGCGCAACCACAAGACCUCCUACUCCAUCACCCUCCAGGGGGUCGUCGGCCCCGACGGCGCCUUCACCGACGUCUGCAUCGGCUGGCCGGGCUCCAUGCCGGACGACCAGGUCCUCGACAGGUCCGCCCUGCAGCAGCGCGCCUCCGCCGGCAUGAUGGCUGGGUCCUGGGUCGUCGGCGGCGCCAGCUUCCCGCUCACCGACUGGGUGCUCGUCCCCUACGCGCACCAGAACCUGACGUGGGCGCAGCACGCGUUGAACGAGAAGGUCGCGGACCUCCGGCGCGUGGCCGUGGACGCCUUCGCGCGGCUCAAGGGGCGGUGGGCAUGCCUGCAGAAGCGCACCGAGGUGAAGCUGCAGGACCUCCCCGUCGUGCUCGGCGCCUGCUGCGUGCUGCACAACAUCUGCGAGUCCCGCGGGGAGGAGAUGGAGCCGGGCCUCCGGUGCGAGCUCGACGACGACGAGACGGUGCCGGAGAGCCCCGUGCGGUCCGAGAGCGCGAGCAAGGCCAGGGACGACAUCGCACACAACCUCCUCCAUAGCGGCCUCGCCGGCACCAAAUUCUUGUGAAUUCUGAUUGGUGGGCCCUCUACCCGAUUGCGAUUGGAUCCCUCCUCGCUCUGGAAUGGAUCGACACCUGGAGCUGGAGCUGGAGCUG